AAAAAAAAAAACGGACAAGUUUUCACACAACAACAGCAGCAGCAGCUCAUCAUCAUCAUUGGCAGCAGCAGCAGCAGCAAAAAUAACAACAACACUACCACACAGCAUUAACUUGAAUAAUAUCCUCAUCAAAGGACGUACUGACACGCCAACCAAUCGACCACCAACCGAAACAAACAUGUGUGCCAACUGUCACAGCCAUUGGCAUUGUCUGUUACCAACCAGCCUCCCAUUGAGCUGUCGUCCUCGAAUUCCCAAUAGCAGUCACAGCCUCUGCCACCGCCUCAACUUUAGCCCCAGCCUCAUCUGCAUCAGAAAUAGAACAAUUGCCAUUGCCCCAAAAUAAGGCACUCAGUAUUGAGGUUUCUUUCUGGCUACAGCAGCAAGCAGGCAAGCAAGCAGGGUGCCUGUGUAUUGGAAUCUCGGAUUUCCGGCAAAAAAAAAAAAAAAAACCAAAACCAGUUCAAAAGCAAAAUCCAUCUUUGGGGGACGAAUAUUAUGGAAGCAUUUCAUAUAAAACCUCAAACUCCCGUCGAGUCACCUUUAAGAACGGAUAAAAGGAUACGUAAGAAUUGUCGCCAGAAACUGAGAACUAGCAAAGGACUACGAAUAUCAGGGAGUUACUAUAGCCAAGAUGAUGACGACCACCACCAAAAGCAACACCAGCACCAUCAGCAGCAGCAACAACCACAGCAUCCACACCACCAUCAUGAUCUGCAGCAGAAUCAGCAGCCACAGCAACAUUUAGGCCAUGACCACUGGACAUGUAUAAUGAUGACAAUGCUCUUUGUAAUAUCAAUUGUGCUAACGGGGAAUUCAGCUCUGGCCGCUCAAAGGGAGUCCUUUAAGCCGAAGGAUCCAAAUACCAUUAAUAACAACGCGAAUGCGAUUUUAAACGAAAUCAGCAGUAGCAAUAGCGGCAGCAACAUUGUAGGUUUCUAUGUCGGUGGUGGUGGUGAUGGUAGCGGCGGAAACGGAAAUGCCGCCAGCCAUGGUAAUUCCAAUAAUAUUAGCAACGGAAAUACCAACGCAAACAAUGUCAACAGCAACGGCCCCACAAAUACAGCGAAAUCAUUUCAUCACUCCACCAGCACUACAACAGCCGGCCACGCAGUGUCGGGUGGUGGUGGUGGUGGUUUUGCCACCACAACGACCCAAAUCAGCAUAGCCAAUCGUACACAGGGUGGCAGUAGCAGCAGUAGUGGUGGUAGUGCAUCAAGCAGCAGCAGCAGUAGUGGUAGCAGCACCCUCUACAAAUCAUCAUCACAUGCGAAUAAUCGCAAUGCCAUCGAACAGCCAGAGAUGGUACAGAAUGGCCCAUAUUUUGAUAAGGCUGCGUCAAAGAAUGUCACCGCUUUGCUGGGCAAAACGGCCUAUUUGAAUUGUCGCGUCAAGAAUCUGGGCAAUAAGACGAUGCUGUUACAAGUCUCAUGGGUGCGGCAUAGAGAUAUACAUCUGCUGACAGUGGGACGUUACACAUACACUUCAGAUCAAAGAUUUCGUGCCAUACAUCAGCCACAGACAGAAGACUGGAUUUUACAAAUCAAAUAUCCGCAACACAGGGAUUCGGGCAUUUACGAAUGUCAAGUGUCCACAACGCCGCACAUGAGUCACUACAUCCAUUUGAAUGUUGUUGAACCCUCUACGGAGAUUAUAGGUGCACCGGAUCUCUAUAUAGAAAGUGGGUCGACUAUAAACCUAACCUGCGUCAUACUCAAUUCACCCGAACCGCCCGCCUAUAUAUUUUGGAAUCACAAUAAUGCUAUUAUCAACUAUGAUUCGCCGCGAGGCGGUGUCUCGGUUGUGACCAUUAAAGGUGACACAACGACAUCAUUUCUGCUGAUCAAAACUGCACGACCCUCGGAUUCCGGACACUAUCAAUGCAAUCCAUCGAAUGCUAAACCGAAAAGUGUCACGGUGCAUGUGCUUAAUGGUGUUUCUCAUUCUGUUUCCAGGGGAGUUCCCAGCAGCAAUGCAGCGCGCGGUACAAGCUCAUCGUCUAAUGUCUCCAAACCAUUAUAUCUUAGUGUACCUGUCCAUGUACUUGUGUACCUUAGCGUUUGUCAGGCACUACAUAAAGCUGCCGGUGGCUAUCAACGCUGGUGCACAGCGUGCUGUCAUCAUGUGAUAGAAAGCUUGGCCAGGCUGUUAGGGCUGUUCCUGUUGACAGUGGCAUACAGCCGUAAGCUAAUGCUGAACAGCACUAGCACAAUCAAAAAGGAUGAGAUGCAUACACAAUUUCGAAAACAUGAACAAGUGAUAAGAGUAAGUGCAGCAGCAGCAGCUAUGAGCCAAGAUAUAAAGGAUUUUAGGUCAUGUUGUUGUUAUUGCAUGCAAUUGCGGGAGAACGCUAUGAGACUACCAACAACACCACCACCAGCAAGGACAUCAGUGGCAAAGGCAACAACAUUUUUCAGCUCAACUAUAAAACGCCAAUCAACAUCAGUAUCAGCGUCAGCGUCAGUUUCGUCAUACACAUCAUCAACAAUGUCAGCUGCAGCGGCAACAUCAAUGACCAGUAUGUCUCCCUUAUCGGUAACAACGGCGAGGACAUCUGUACUGGCAUCUGCAUGGCAUGGUGACCAACAUAAAAGUGCCACCACCAAAAAAUCCAAUUUAUUUGGUGGACUCAGGUUAGUCUUGCCAAUGACAGGUAUUCUAGGAGGAGGAGGUGGAGGAGGAGAAGCAAAAUGUAAAGGCGGUGUAAGUGAAGCAGAAACAUCAAACGAUUGCAUGAUUGACAAAUGUCAAUAUGGCAGCUUUUGUUAUGCCUGCUGCUGUUAUAGCUGUUGUUUUUGCUAUUGUUGCUCAUACUGUUGUCCUUUUGUGGCCACGAGUUCCGGCAGCAGCAAUUGCUGCUGUAGUAAUAGCAACAGCAAAAACUGCAGCAGCCUUUGUAUUAUGCCCAAUAAAUGUCUACACCUGCAAUCCACAACUUUUUUCAGUGAGUCGGAUAUAAGGUGAGUUCCUUGCCCCUGAGCUCGUAUACGAUGACGUAUAGCCAUUCCUCGCGUUCAGUCCUGUUUUUUAUACUAACUAAACUUGUGACUCUCUCUUUAGUAUUAUGAACAAAAUACAAAAAAAAAAACCCAAAAAUUCACAACACUACUCAAACUUAAAUCAUAGAAGAGAAAUCUAAGACAAAGACAUCUAAAACAAAAAUGCCAUAAAACUAAAAAAAUUGGCGCAGCAUACAGACAUUUCUUAAGAAACGAAGAAGUAAAAAAUUAACUAUGACUAUACUAAAAUUAAUUACUAAAUAAAAAAUAUUAAAAUUUAAUACAAAAACAAACAAAAAAUAAAAACAAACUCAAAAGUAAGGAAAAUAUGGCAUUAAACCAAAAAAUUCAAAGAUACGCAAUCAGAGUGGGUGAUUGCCACAGCUCUAUUCCUUCAUUUUUCAUAAAUUACACUUUAUGUUUUGUUGUAUAUUUAAAUAUUUUUUUUUAUAUAAAUGGCUUAAAUCCACACACAAAACACAUGUAUUUAAAAACGAAGGAAAAACUGAACAAACAACAUUAAUAACCAAGGAAAUCAACAUUUAAUUAAAUAAUGAACUCUAACAAAGUCAAAGACCCCAGAAAAACAAAACGAAAAAACACAAAUAUAAUACAGAAAUUAAAAUUAAUUAUAAAUAACUUAUAUACAUGCAUAUAUACAUAUACAUACAUAUACAAUACAAAACAAAAAAGAAACACAUACUUAACUUAUAAACUAGAUAAUGACGCUACUAUACUCUAUUCCAUGUAAAGAGGUUAUUUUAUACACAAACACCAGACAAAAAAAAAAUUAACUAAUUGACUUUAAGUGUAACUACGUAACAAUAUAAACUCACGUAUUCUAUCAUGCUCCCUCGGUUUCUCUCUCUCUCUCUCUCGCACACACACAAAUAUCUAUUUACAUAUGUAGGAAAGCAUACCUCUCUCACAUCUUCUCCACAGAAAGUGAUGGAAGAAUAAACGGGGAUAAAUUGAAUAGGGACAGCUUUAGUCAAAGUCUGAUGUUUUAGAUUUUAUUUAAAAUAAGUAAAAAAAAAUUAAAUAAAAUAAAAUA